AGUCCUUUUCUUUGGAAGAGGAGGCCAGAGAUAUUCAGAGAGCAAAAGUAAAGCGAAGAGAGAGGAUUUGUUCGGGCUGAACAAAGAGAGACACAAAAGGGAAGGCGGUGAGAGGGACUUGACUGAGCCCAGACACAAUGGGUUGGUUAGAGUGCUGCGCAAGAUGUCUCAUAGGAGCGCCCUUUGCUUCGCUGGUGGCCACUGGGCUGUGUUUCUUUGGGGUAGCGCUGUUCUGCGGCUGUGGGCAUGAAGCACUCACUGGCACCGAGCGGCUAAUUGAGACCUACUUCUCCAAAAACUACCAGGACUAUGAGUAUCUCAUCGACGUGAUCCACGCCUUCCAAUACGUCAUCUAUGGAACGGCCUCUUUCUUCUUCCUCUACGGGGCCCUCCUUCUGGCCGAGGGCUUCUACACCACGGGGGCCGUCCGGCAGAUCUUCGGCGACUACAAGACCACCAUCUGCGGCAAGGGCCUCAGCGCUACGGUAACAGGGGGCCAGAAGGGGAGGGGUUCCCGAGGCCACCAUCAAGCUCACGCUUUGGAGCGGGUGUGUCAGUGUUUGGGCAAAUGGCUAGGACAUCCCGACAAGUUUGUGGGCGUGACCUAUGCCCUGACCAUCCUCUGGCUCCUGGUGUUUGCCUGCUCCGCCGUGCCCGUCUACAUUUACUUCAAUACCUGGACAACGUGCCAAUCCAUUGCCUUCCCCAGCAAGACCUCUGCCAGCAUAGGCACGCUGUGUGCUGAUGCCAGGAUGUACGGUGUCCUCCCAUGGAACGCGUUCCCAGGAAAGGUGUGCGGCUCCAACCUCCUGUCCAUCUGUAAGACCCCCGAGUUCCAAAUGACCUUCCACCUGUUUAUUGCCGCAUUCGUUGGUGCUGCAGCCACCCUGGUGUCACUGCUCACUUACAUGAUUGCUGCGACUUACAACUUUGCCGUCCUCAAACUCAUGGGCCGAGGCACAAAGUUCUAGGCUGCCGGAGGGAGUUGAGCUAGCCGAAAUGCCCUUUUCCCUCUAACCACGAGGCUUUAACAAUGCAGCCAGCCCACACCAGGCCUCCGACUCUAAUGCCACCUUCACCGCUGACUCCCCCUCCAUCCCCUCGACGAGCGUAACAAGGGCAGAGAGACCGCCGACGAUGGAUACACCCUCAUGCACUUUUCUCUCUGGGCACGUCGGUAGCUCUGUGGCUCCGCGGCAAGUGGGGCCGGCAAUUGGGAAAGCCCCAACGAAGAGGGUUUCCUGCCAGGCCAAAAUCAGGAUAAAGCAGACGUGGGAUUCGUACGGUCCCCAACUUUCCACCAUUUUCUAGGGUUAGGAACGAGCCUUUCUGCUUCUGGGAGGCAGGAAUCAAAGUCAGUUGCUCUCCUAUGAGGGAGGAGGAUACUGCUUGCUGCACAGAGGGAGAAGGAAGUCGUCUGGCCCGGGUUCCAUCGCUAUAGACUCUCCUUGUUACAAAAGACACAGUCCUCGCUUCCAUCUUCAUUCCGCAGAUGGAGGAGAAGAGGACUUUUUCAUGGUAAAGAAAGAGAAUUUACCCUCCUCUGCCUGCUGUAGCCAGAGUACUAGGGGUUUAGAGCAAGGAUCUUCCCAAAGCGGGGAGAGAGCACAGACCCCUUGCUAGUCUUCCUUAACCCAGCCCACCCUACUUAAAGCAUAAAGGAGCUUGGUGUCUGUAGACAAAUGGGACUCUUGGUCUUACACCUCAACAGAAAUAGGGUUAGAACGGUCUCCGCCUUGCACGGGACUCACUCCCCAUGUGCCCUGCUGCAGGAGACCAGCUUGGCCUAGAGGGACUUCUCAGACCAGUGGCCUGAGUGUGUAAGCCAGACGGGUCCCUUUUGUAGACACGGGAUAACUCUUUGGACUGUAUGUCUUUGCGUGUCUUUUCUCUUGUAACCAGCUGUGCACAUUGAACUCUGGCACACCUUCACAAUGGUGCUCCUCUCCUCGGGUGACGUUUGCUUCCGUGAUGCUCUGUAAAUCGAAGAUCUUGAUUUGUUUCUGCGCCGUGUCAAAUUUCACCUCUUCCUCGCACCCACCCGCUCCCUGUUCCUCAGGGGUUUCCCGGGAGCCAGGCUGUCUAUUUUAAAAGUGGCCAACACUUAAAAAAAUUCCGUGUCUCCUUUUGAGCCAGUCAUUCAGAAGGCAAAUAAAUAAACGAGUAAGGGGGCAGAGCGUGCUCUGCACGGUCGGAUUUGCACGGUCGUUAAAUACGGCCAUUUCUGAGCAAAUCAAAACCCUCCGGCUUCCAAUUAGGUCUUUCUCACUGGGCAAGUUGAGGAGCCAACGUCUGUCUAUGCAGAAUGUGAUUUCAGUGUUUUCCCUUUUCGCUGGCGACACCAGGAUGGGGGGAAAGGGUUGGAUUAGUGCAACGUGCUGAAGAGAGGGGAUGGUCCCUCCUUUCUAGAAGCUCUCAGUGAUCACACGACCACAGCAGCCCACAGAGAGGGAGGGAGGAGCCCGUGUCUGCUGAAAACGCCUGUUUCCAGCCUUUCCCCUUCUGGUUUUAUGAACUCCAGGAAGAGGCGUUUGGCUUGGUGUUUAUCGAAGAAUCUACUUGCAGCCUGCGGGGUUCCGGCAGUGGUUUCAGUGCGGGUGUGGGUCAGCAAGCAGGCCUACCACGCAGGGAGCAUGGGGCGUUUUUGCCACCACAUAUGAUGAAGUAGAUUAGUUAGGCUCCCAGGGUACAUGGGUUUGGGGAGGGGAUGGGAUGAAAGGGGGUAGGGAGGACGGGGGUGGGAGGAAACCAGUCAAGAUCAGGAAAAUGGCGUCUUGUAUUUUGUAUUGAUUUAAUAACAUAACAAAUAACCAACCCCCUCUCCCGCCACCCCCUCUCCCUUCCCCAGGACCCCAAACACACACAUCUCACACACACACACACACACACACACAAGUUAAUCAAAUGAAAGUGUUUCCUUCCAUUCUGCUCUAGAAUUUCAACCUUUUAACCAAUAAAAAGGAGCAAGUUUGGAGAGACUUGUCUUACAAGGUGUAUUUUAUCAAAUUAAAGGAAAUAAAUUAAAAUUAAGACCGUUCUGAA